AUGAUUGCAGAAGUUCUGCUUGUUCUUGCAGGCCAUUCGUCCUCGCUCUUUCCUACCGACCACACCAUACACCCUGCAUUCUCCCCUCUACUCCAUCCGGGUGAAGAACAGUGUCUCGAAUCUCUCGGCCAGAUAGCUGUCCGAUAUCGCAAAAUCAAGAAAGCAUGUUCCACACUGGGCCGGACUCCUUCACGCUAUGUCUCAGCGCUCUAUGCCACCCUGAACCAAAUCCUGAAGGAUGAAUAUGAGAAUCUUGUUGUGGAGACAGAAGCAAAGGUUCUCAAGCGCGAUACCAGUCUCGUCGCCAGUGGCUCUUUCGUGCCCUUAUCCUCCAUACGUGCAACUUUCGCGGAAUGGGACGCGCCUCUUGCCGCUUUGGAGAAUCUCAUUGACGAGCUCGAGUUACAAUCGAACUGGCAACCAGGUCCAUUAAUUGACUUGCUCUUGACGCGUUCGCAUACCGGUAUACAUCGCGUGGCAUCCAUCCAUGCUCGCCUCUGCGAGGCCGUGCAGCAUGUAUGGAUCUCUCAGCUGCAGGCAUUCCUUAUCCACGGCUCACUGUCAGAUAAAGAUCCCUUGGCCUCCAAAGAUUUCGUGUUGCUGGAAGGCUCUGUCCCCUCUUGCCUCUCUGCUCAGUCUCAGGAAUCUAUUUCUUACGUCGGCCGGGCGAUUGGCACCGUCAAGGCAGCAAAGUGGGAGAACCAGUUCCCGCGCAGUCUUGCAUUAGAUCAUACGAAGAUGCUCGAAUCUGUUCUUCCUCAAGACCAGUAUGCAUUUGAUCGCGUCAUCGCUGACAUCAGGACCACUGUGAGCGAAUGGCUCUGGCUAAAUGUCUUGACCCAUAAGGACGUCGAAGUCGCUGUGGAAUCAUUAGCGAGCUACUUCCUUCUCAGAAACGGGGAAUUUGCCCUGUCUCUGAUAAGAGAAAUAGAGCGUCUCAAAAUUUCACGUCUGACAGGACGAUCAGGUCCUACGACAAUGAUCCGCGAGCAAGAUCUACAUCUAGCGCUCCUGCGUGCUUCUCUUGGAACUACAGCACAACAUGAUCCAUCUCUGUCUUACCUCCGCUUUCGUCUGCCUUCAGGUCCCCUCCGUCCCUUGCUUCCGUCUCUUGCCACAGCGCCAACGAAGGACCUCUCGUCAUCACUCAAUCCAUCUUCCGAACCUACCACUUUCGACGAUCUCCUACUGGGAACUCCUCUUCUACUUACCUAUUCUGUCUCCUGGCCUCUCGACCUUUUCCUACAUCCCUCAGACUUGCAUAUAUAUGCCAUCCUCUUCGCAUAUCUCUCCGCACUGCGAAAAACGCAUACGCGCAUACAUGCGUGCUGGACGUCCCUGUCGAACUCCCAGCGCGCGAGACGUCGGUGGACGGGCCUAGGUGAGGGUGGGACGGUGGAAGACCUCGAAGCCCGAAAGCUGCUGCUCAGAUGUGGUUGGGGCGUAGUGAGGGAGAUGAGCUGGUUCUUGGACACCUUACUGGGAUACGUGAUGACGGACGUGGUAGACGUCGAGUUUCGGAAACUUAAGAGCCUCCUCCUCGAGAAAACUCCUGGGCUUAUCAGACAACCUACCGGCACCCAGUCCGUAUCGGGAACAGACAUAGGCAUCUCUCAGAUGGCCCACGCACAUUUACAAUCAAAUUCCACUCUUCCCGCAUCCCAUAGUAACACUUCAUCGGCCCCACCAUCCCGUCUGGACUUCUCUACGUUGCGGAAUAUUCAUACCACUUAUUUGGAGCGUCUGCUCACGGGGAGCUUGCUGUCCAACCCCGCCCUAACUGCAAUCAUCCGGAUGAUACUCGAGGUUUGUGAGCGCUUCGUCGCACAGGUGGAGAGAUGGGGCGGGGAUGUGCUGCCAGCACUGCUUUUCGAAGGCAGUCUGGCAGGAGGUGGAGAUAAAGUAGGGGAGAUGGUGAAAGAGCGACAGACGAUGGUCGCUGAGAUAAAUGAGACGCUGCACACUCUCUUGGAGUCCUUUUACGAGCAGUUGUCGUUAUCUACGACUCAACAGCCAUUCUCCGCCGCUGCAGACGCAUCUAAAUCGAUGCUAUAUAAUGCAAGCAUGGCCACGACGUCGGGCUUCCACACGUUCAUUCGCACCAAACGUGGCAGACGCCUGGCAGGUGAUGAGGAGGUCCGCCGACAUGUGGAGCGUCUGCUGUUGCGGCUAGACUUCAACGGGGUUUUCUCGAACAUCAAGCAUCAGUUGCCGGGUACGAUAAAUUGUUUUACCGAGCACGUUGCCACGAUCAGAUCGUCGACCAAGCUGCUGUUUAUAAACUCGAGCUGGCAGCGCAUGAGUGCUGUAGCGCUUCGACGCCUGUCCCACCACGCUCGUCUCUUCUCCACAACCAUCAUGACCUCCCAGUACACCCCUCGCCUCAUCGGCGCCCCCAACACGCUCGAGCACCGCGUCUACCUCGAGCAGAACGGGAACGUCAUCUCCCCCUUCCAUGACAUUCCCCUCUUCGCCGACCAAAACAAUGGCAUCCUCAACAUGAUCGUUGAGAUCCCUCGUUGGACGAACGCCAAGAUGGAGAUAUCCAAGGAGGAGGCGUUCAACCCCAUCAAGCAGGACAUCAAGAAGGGCCGCCUCCGCUACGUGCGCAACUGCUUUCCCCACCACGGGUACAUCUGGAACUACGGCGCCUUCCCCCAGACCUGGGAGGAUCCCACGCAGACACACGCGGAGACGAAGGCGAACGGCGACAACGACCCCCUUGACGUUUGCGAGAUCGGCGAGCAGGUCGGCUAUGUCGGCCAGGUAAAGCAGGUCAAGGUCCUCGGCAUCAUGGCCCUCCUGGAUGAGGGUGAGACUGACUGGAAGGUCCUUGUUGUCGAUGUCCUGGACCCCCUGGCGUCGAAGCUGAACGACAUCGAGGACGUCGAGAGGCACCUUCCGGGACUCGUCCGUGCGACCAACGAGUGGUUCAGGAUUUACAAAAUCCCUGAUGGCAAGCCCGAAAACCAGUUCGCGUUCUCCGGCGAGGCAAAGAACAAGAAGUACGCGACAGAAAUCAUCCACGAGUGCCACGAGGCAUGGCGCCGGCUGAUCGCCGGAGAGAGCCCAGCGAAGACGCCAUCCUACGACAUCUCGAUUCGCAAUGUCUCUGUGCAGAACUCUCCUGGCUUGGUCAGCAAGAACGAUCCAACCUAUACAAGCGUCCCUGCCGACUCCAGGAAGCCUCCUGCUCCCAUCGAGGCAUCCAUCUCCAAGUGGUUCUACAUCUCCUCUGCUCAGCUUCCCGACGAUAGUGCAAGAACAUCACGUCUCUAA